GUGAGAGAGGAGAUACUUGGUCCCAAACACCCUGAUACUGCCACCUCCUACAACAAUAUUGGCAGUGUACUGGAGGCCAUGGGUGACUAUAAAGAGGCGCUUGAUUCUUACAUCAAAUGUCUUGCAGUGAGAGAGGGGACAGUUGGUCCAAAACACCCUUAUACUGCCACCUCCUACAACAAUAUUGGCAGUAUAUUGCAGGAUAUGGGUGAGUAUAAAGUGGCACUUGAUUAUUACAAGCAAGGCAUGGCAGUGAGAGAGAAUAUACUUGGUCCCAAACACCCUGAUAUCGCCUCAUCCUACAACAAUAUUGGUAGUGUACUGCAGAAUAUGGGUCAGUAUGAAAAUGCACUUAGUUAUUACAAUAAAUGUCUCGAAAUGAGAGAGGAUAUUCUUGGUCCCAAACACCCUGAUACUGCCUCCUCCUACGACAAUAUUGGUAGUGUAUUGCUGUGUAUGUGUAAGUAUAAGGAGGCUUUAGAGUGUAAAAAGAAAUGUCUUGCAAUAAGACAAGAGAUACUUGGUCCCAAACACUCUGAUACUGCCUCCUCCUACAACAAUAUUGGUAAUGUGCUUAAGGAUUUGGGUGAGAAUAUAGAGGCGCUUGAUUAUUUCAAGAAAUGUCUUGCAGUUAAAAAAGAGAAACUUGGUGCCAAACACCCUGAUACUGCCUCCUCCUACAACAAUAUUGGUAGCGUACUACAGAAUAUGGGUGAGUAUAAAGAGGCACUAGAUUAUUUCAAGAAAUGUCUUGCAGUGAGAGAGGAGAUACUUAGUCCAAAACACCCUGAUACUGCCUCUUCCUACAACAAUAUUGGCUGUGUACUGCAGGAUAUGGGUGAGUAUAAAGAGGCGCUUGAUUGUUUCAAGAAAUGCUUUGCAGUAAGACAGGAGGUAUUUGGUCCAAAACACCCUGAUACUGUCUCUUUUUACAACUGUGUUGGCGGUGUAUCACAGAAGAUGGGUAAGUAUAAAGAAGCUCUUCAUUUUUACAAGAUAUGUCUAGCAGUGAGAGAGGAGGUACUUGGCUCCAAACAUUGUGAUACAGCCUCCUCUUACAACAAUAUAGGUAGUGUACUGCUGGAUAUGGGUGAGUAUAAAGAGGCACUUGAAUAUUGCAAGAAAAGUCUUGCAGUGAGAGAGGAGAUACUUGGGUGUAAACACCCUGAUACCGCGUCUUCAUACAACAAUAUUGGUGGUGCACUGCAUAAUAUGGGUGAGAAUGAAGAGGCACUUAAUUAUUACAGGAAAUAUCUUGCAGUUAUAGAAGAGAAACUUGGACCCAAACACCCUUACACUGCCACCUCCUACAACAAUAUUGGCUGUGUACUGCAAGAUAUGGGUGAGUAUAAAAAUGCGUUUGAUUAUUACAAGAAAAGUCUUGCGGUGAGAGAGGAGAAACUUGGUCCCAAACACACGGCUACUGCCACCUCCUACAACAAUAUUGGUAGUUUGCUUAAGAAAAUGGGCAAGAAUGAAGAGGCUCUUGAAUAUUUCAAGAAAUGCCUACUAGUAAAAAAGGAGGUUCUUGGUCCCAAACACCCAGAAACUGUCACCAUUUACAGCAAUAUUGGUUUUGUUCUGCUGGUCAUGGGUGAGUAUAAAGAAGCUAUUGAUUAUUACAAUAAAUGUCUUGCAGUAGAAGUGGACAUACUUGGUCCCAAACACCCUGAUACUGCAACCUCCUACAACAAUAUUGGUGUUGCACUUCUGGCCGUGGGUGAGUAUAAAGAGGCACUUGAAUAUUGCAACAAAUGCCUUGCAGUGAGAGAAGAGAUACUUGGUCCCAAACACCUUGAUAUUGCCUCCUCUUUCAGUGAUAUUGGUAGUGUAAAGAAAAAUAUGGGUGAGUAUAAAGAGGCACUUGAUUAUUACAAGAAAUCCCUUGCAGUGAGAGAGGAGAUACUUGGUCCCAAACACCUUGAUAUUGCCUCCUCCUUCAGUGAUAUUGGUAGUGUACUGAAAAAUAUGGGUGAGUAUAAAGAGGCCCUUGAUAAUUACAAAAAAUGUCUUGCAGUGAGAGAGGAUAUACUCAGUCCCAACCACCCUGAUACUGCCACCUCCUACAACAAUAUAGGUAGUGUACUGGAGGCCAUGAGUGAGUAUAAAGAGGCUAUUGAUUAUUACAAAAAAUGUCUUGCAGUAAAAGUAGAUAUACUUGGUCCCAAACACCCUGAUACUGCUACCUCCUACAACAAUAUUGGCAGUGUAUUGCAGGAUUUGGGUGAGUAUAAAGAGGCGCUUGAUUAUUACAAGAAGUGUCUUGCAGUGAGAGAGGAGAUAUUUGGUCCCAAACACCCUGAUACAGCCACCUCCUACAACAAUAUUGGCUGUACACUGCAGGAUUUGGGUGAGUAUAAAGAGGCGCUUGAUUAUUACAAGAAAUGUUGUGCAGUGUACGAGGAGAUUAUUGGCCACGAACACCCUGAUAUUGCCUUCUCCUACAACAAUAUUGGUAGUGUGCUCAAGGCCAUGGGUAAGUAUAAAGAGGCACUUAAUUAUUUCAAGAAGUGUCUCGCAGUGAAAGGGGAGAUAUCUAUUCCCGAACAGCCUGAUAUUGCCCACAUCUACAACAAUUUUGGUAGUGUACUGCAGGGUAUGGGUGAGUAUAAAGAGGGUUUUGAAUAUUACAAGAAGUGUCUUACAGUAAGAGCAGAGAUACUUGGUCCCAAACACCCUGAUACUGCCAACUCCUACAACAAUAUUGGUAGUGUACUCCAGGAUAUGGGUGAGUAUAAAGAGGCGUUUCGUUAUUACAAGAAAUGUCUUGCAGUAAAAGAGGAGUUUCUUGGUCACAAACACACUGAUACUGCUACCUCCUACAACAAUAUUGGCAGUGUACUGGAGGCCAUGGGUGAGUAUAAAGAGGCGCUUGAUUAUUACAAUAAAUGCCUUGCAGUAAAAGUGGAUUUACUUGGUCCCAAACACCCUGAUACUGCAACCUCCUACAACAAU